CACUGUACCCGUACAACGCGAAGUCGGUACAAAAUGAACGCUGAAUACAUCAGUUUUAUCUAAGCUCCUCUUCUAUCAUCUUAGCAAAAUGGGUAAUCAAUUAGUGGGCAUUGCGCCCAGCCAAAUAUAUCCGGUAGAACACUAUCUGACGGAUCACAGCGACUUAUUGUUCGAUAUAAAUUUAGGAAGUACUAGGUUUUUCAAAGUUGCUCGGGCCCGUAGCCAGGAGGGUCUGAUAGUGGUAAAAGUAUUUGUAAUUCAUGAUCCAACAUUGCCAUUAUCAGCCUACAAGGAUAAAUUGGAAGAAAUAAGAUCCAAAUUAGCCUCAGCCGUCAACUGCCUACCAUUUCAGCGAAUGAUUCUCACAGAAAAAGCAGGUUCAAUAAUGCGGGAAUAUGUGAAAUAUUCUCUUUAUGAUAGGAUCAGCACUAGGCCAUUUUUAACAAGUAUAGAAAAAAAAUGGGUCACUUUUCAAGUAUUGUAUGCUCUUCACCAGGCUCAUAAGUUUGGAGUUUGCCAUGGUGAUAUAAAAUUGGAGAACAUUAUGAUAACCAGUUGGAACUGGGUAUUACUCACAGAUUUUGCUAGUUUUAAACCAACAUAUUUACCAGAAGAUAAUCCUGCGGAUUUCUCAUACUUCUUUGACACAUCUAGGAGAAGGACAUGUUAUAUAGCACCUGAACGAUUUGUAAAAACGCUAUCUUCGGAAUUGAACAAUACAUUAUUAUUACCAGAACAAGAAGUAAAAACGGGUGACUUGCAUCCUAUGAUGGAUAUCUUUUCCGCAGGCUGUGCUUUAACAGAAUUAUAUAACGAAGGCCAUCCACCAUUUGAUUUUUCACAACUUUUGGCAUACAGGAACAACGAAUACUCUGUGAGUAAACACUUGGACAGUAUAGAUGACUCAGGAAUACGAGAUCUUCUUAGUUCAAUGCUGGAAAGAAAUCCAACAAACAGGAAGAGUGCGGAGCUUUACUUGUCUCAAGCUCGCGGUAUCAUAUUCCCGGAAUACUUUUACUCCUUUCUGCAGUCCUACAUGCUCAUCUUCUCCGCCGCACCCAUUUUAUCGCCGGAUGAAAAGAUAAAUAGAUUAAAAAAAGAUAUUGGUAAUAUUAUUAGUAUAUUGCGGGCAGAGGAGAACGAACGGAUGAAAACAAGUAUGACAAAAGCCGCGGAAACCAUAAAAGCCGGUCAGUGUGAGAGUAAUGUGGAAUCGAUAAGAGACGAUUCCGGUCACAGUGAGGAAAAUACGAUGGUGGAGGUUGAUAGUGAUCAAAGCUUUGAUAAGAAUGAUUUAAAUCAAAUCGACGCGAGGAACACUGGGCAAGAUAUUGAAAGUGACGUUCAGGUGGAAACAGAACCAGAGUUCAAAUCGUCCGAAGAGGAUCGUAAACAAGUGUGCGAUGCAGAAUCCGAGAAACCAGUUGCCAUGUUGACUGAAAUUCUAGAAGGACUUGUUAUCGUGACUCAACUCGUUACGUCUUGUAUCAGGGGAUUACAUCAUUCGCAAUCCAAGUUGCACAGCUUGGAGAUAUUACUGGAACUUGCUGAAAAUGUUUCCGACGAGACGAUUCUCGAUAGAAUAUUGCCUUACAUCUUCCUUUUAGUUCACGACCCGGCGCCACGAGUGCGAGUGUCGGCAAUACACACUUUAACGAAGUGUUUGCAUCUUGUGAAAUCAAUACCACCUUCGGACGUGAAUAUAUUCCCCGAGUACAUUCUACCAGGCUUAUCGCAAAUAACUCAAGACGAGGCAGUUAUUGUCAGAGCAGCUUACGCGGAGAAUAUCGCACAUCUGGCACAUAUCGCCCUGCGUUAUCUGGAGAAUGCUCAUUUGUCCAACUUGGGCAACAAAGAGGGACCAAAGCCCAGUUAUGACAGCGAACUACAAACCUUACACGAGAUGGUCCAACAAUCGGUGUCCAUGUUAUUGACAGACUCACAGAAUUUAGUGAAACAGACUCUAAUGGAAAACGGAAUAAACAAGUUGUGCGUAUUUUUCGGCAAGCAAAAGGCUAAUGAUAUUUUGCUUAGUCAUGUUAUUACGUUUUUAAACGACAAGGAAGACAAGGAAUUGAGGGGUUCCUUCUUUGAAUGUAUAGUCGGUGUCGCCGCUUACGUAGGUUGGCAUAGUAGCCCUAUAUUAUUGCCACUUCUGCAGCAAGGUUUAACCGAUCCUGAGGAAUUUGUAAUAGCAAAGGCUAUAAACGCUAUGGCAACGCUCACCGAAUUAGGUCUAUUGCACAAAUCUGCUCUCUAUCAGUUACUAGGAGAAACUAUGGUAUUUUUGGUCCAUCCAAAUCUUUGGAUACUUCAUGCGACCGUAGGAUUUAUAUCCGCGGCGGCGAGAACUCUGAAUGUGGUGGACGUCCAAUGCAAGGUUCAGACGAUGAUUCAGCCAUAUCUGAAGCACCCGCUGAUCCAGAUAGAGAAGGAGAUCUUAUUACUAGAAGCCCUUGUUUCUCCUAUACCCAGAAUAGUGUACGAUUCGGUGGUGAGAUAUAAUGACGUGGAGGAAUUGUUCCAAGUGCUGGAACAAAGACAAGCGAUUAGAACAAAAGCUGUGACAGGCAUAAUGCCGCAAUAUAACACCAUGAGCACUUCGUUAAGAAAUCUUUUCAGACGACUGAGUUCGGAGUCGAUGACGGAGGCGGUUGAAGAUCAGUUGUUGAUGAUGAGAUUGCACUUGGCAAAAAUCAAUAAGUAUCGUAACUCCGCGGACACUAAGCAGAAUACUGCCAAACCCGCGGACGGAAAGCUGGAGUUGAACGCAAUAAAGGAUCGGAUUAGACAUCAUAUCGUCAUGCUGUAUCCUGAUGCUAAGACCGACUUAUCUUUACCACCGUUCAAGAGGUCAGAUCGAAGAACGUCGGACAGCGUUGGCACGUACGCGACGAUGAAUCAAGAAUGGCGUACGAUGUUCGCAGCUCAAGACAGUAGCCAGCAUGCUAUCGUUAGAAUGUCGGACAUGACCGGAAGCAGCGGUAGCCCUAGCCAGAGCAUACACAGCGGAGACAUCCAUUUGUCUCCACAGCAUUGCCUGCCGGAUAUGGCUAGUAUAAAUUCCUUCAUGAACGAUCAUUCCCUUCACGAGCGAUCUUAUAUACAAUAUUCAUGUUUAUAUGGUUUUGCAGAUAGAUGCGCACCAUGUCGACUUGAAGUCCGACAAUUAACAUGCCGCAAGCAAGAGCAGCACGCAGCGGCAUUGAGGGCGCAGCACUGGGCCAACGUUGCUUGGGAAAGCGGCUCUAAGAGAUUGCUGCCCAACGAUUGGAGACCCCGAGGAAUCCCAGUCGCGCAUCUUCAUGAGCACAGGGCCGCGGUGAACAGGCUGGUCUCGAUAGUGGACACUUCUCUAUUUGCGAGUAGCUCUUCAGAUGGAUGCAUCAAGAUCUGGGACGCUAGCAAAAUGGAAGGACGGAAUAUUGCUAAUCGUUCUAGGCAAACAUAUAUGCACAGAGGAGGCCCGCUGGUUGGUUUAACUAUGUGCGACCAAGGGCAGUCUUUGGCGAGUUCGGCGAGUCAAUCCGGAACGGUAUUUGUAGUUCGGAUCGAACCAAACUCCAGUAAAAUGAGCGUGAUCGGCACACGUCAGUUGGAUAUUCAGGAAGAAGGAUGCGCCGUCGAUCUUCAAUAUUUAGAUUCCGGCUCACAGUCAGUUCUCGUGUACGCUUCGCUGUAUGGGUCGUUGGUAGGUUGGGAUUUACGAUGUCCUGGUACAACGUGGCGUUUAGAAAAUGAUUUGAAACAUGGGGUCAUCACGUCGUUCUGCGUGAACAGUCAUCAGCAGUGGUUGACGCUCGGCACAAGCUCAGGCAUGCAUACUUGUUGGGACCUGAGAUUUCAGCUACCAAUAACGAAAAUCAAACAUCGAAACGGGCAUAGAGUGCGAAAAGUGGUCACGCAUCCGACGGAACCUUCAUGGAUUAUUUCAGCGGUGCAAGGUAACAACGAGAUUUCCAUAUGGGAUUUAGAAACCCAUCAUCAACAACUAGUUCUAUGGGCGUCCAAAACCCCGGCGUUAACCAACAACCAAGACGGUAACAGCGUGUGUGCCCUGUAUGCUGGAUGCAUCGACUGCUCGGGCUUCCUUUUGGCUGGCGGUACCGACAUGAAGUUACGUUUUUGGGACUUGAAGAUGCCCACCGCGUCUUAUAUCGCCUUGCCUGCCGCUAACGAUGUCGUACGUCGGCUGAAUUCAUCGAAAUAUGAACAACGUGUGAUAGACGGGUCGAACGUUGUGGUUGAAUUGUUGGUGGGCGAUGAUUCUACCCCAUCCUUUAGUGGAGCCAGCAGGAACAUGGAGGAAAGCGGCCCCGAAACCCCACCCUCCGGCCAUCACGAUACAAUCUCCGCUGUAGCGAUGACCAACACGUACAUUCUGACAGGUAGCACGGAUGGCCUGAUACAAGUCUGGAAAUGAUUAUAUUCCUCGUUCCCGAACACGACCCCAAAGUUCCUCGCUCAGAUGACUAAGGGUUUUUCAGUGCACCGUGGAGUCGGUCUUCUACAA